AUGCUCUUCGCUGCAAUCCCCGCCGAGCUCAGAGACCGCGUCUGCGCCUUCCUCCCCAAGAACGACCAGCUCGCCCUCGCCGCCACAUCGGCCGUCUUUCUCCCCGUCGCGCAACGCCGCCUCUACCGCCACUUGGCCGUAUCCCCCGCCGCCCACAACCUCCCCGUCAUCGCCGUCCUUGCGCGCAAUCCACAGCUCGCGCGCCUCGUCAGGACCCUCUCCGUCAACGUCCCCCACGGCGCAGGCCUCCUCAAUGCCUUCUAUCGCGACCUCGCAACAGCUUUGUCUCUGAUGACAGAGCUCAUCGACCUCGAAAUGUGCAUAGAUCCAGCCGCGAGCUGGGUUCUCUCACAUACACCCAAUACCAAGUUCUCCCGCCUGACCCGCUUCUCAUCAACAUUUCCCUUUGACUCCCAUGUCACCAACUUCCUUGAACGCAUCCCUGCUCUCACAGAACUAGAGUUGGACCCCGACCCUGUAUCGUCACACACUGAAACGAUAGCCCCCCUUUCCCCCUCCAUCCUAACUGCCCUCAGUGAGUUCACCGGGCCUUCCCAUGUCGCAAGGGCCGUCGUGCCUGGUCGCCCAGUGCAGAGCAUUCACAUUACCUCGGGAGACCUCACCACGGAGACGGUGCAGAGUCUCAAGGCCGCAACUGCGGAUAUCGUCAUGCUUUGUGCCUCUACCAGCGCGCAGCCAGUCCCCUUCCUCCAAUCCCUGACCCUCCACCUUCCGCGGAUCGUGUAUCUCCGUCUAAUGACAACAUAUACGUUCACCGAGGCGCCUGAUGCUGUAAAUUUUUUUCUUUCCAAUCGCUGUUCUAGUCCUAUUCUGAUCGCCUCUAUCCAGGCCUUCUAUGAAAGCGUCGCGAAUGCACUCAAUACACUACCGGCUCUCGUCACCUUCGAACUGUCAGGAAUGCAUUGGGGAUCAUACACUACCCCCCAGGAAGGGGAUAAACGGGUUUGGCAAUCACAGCCCUUGACAGCUGACUCACCGAGCGAAGCAGACGUGGUCAUAGACGAUGACCUCUACUUUGAUGAGUUCUUUGCCUACUAA